AUGGCAGCCCUGGAGACAUUCGCCGCGACUCGCUCAGAGCUUUUUGCCGAACUGCAAGAGGACCUCGAGCAAAGGGGGAACCCCUCUUGUCUCACGGCGACCACCGAAGGCGGCAAGCUCAACCGUGGCAUCACUGUUGUCAAAUCAGGCUACGCUCUUCUCCCGAACCCCCCCACCCCGCAAGAGCACGCACACCUCCGGAUCCUAGGCUGGCUGGUCGAGCUCUUCCAGGCGGCCUACCUUGUGUGGGACGACAUCAUGGACGGCUCGGAGUACCGCCGCGGCCGGCCGUGCUGGUACAAAGGCGAAGGGGUCGGACUGACGGCGAUCAACGACGCUUGCAUGCUGAAGUCGUGUAUCUUUAUGCUAUUGCGGCGACACUUCCGCGGCCAUCCCGAGUACGCUGCCCUUGUGGAGCUCUUCCAUGAAGCGGCGUUUCGGACGGAGCUGGGUCAGCUGUGUGAUACCACGACGGCGGCCAGUGGACAGAUCCAGGAUAUGACGGCGGAGCGGUAUGAGUUUAUCGCGAGAAACAAGACCGCGUUCUACAGUUUUUAUUUGCCGGUUGCGCUGGCAAUGCUCUAUUGUGGGCGGACGAGUGAGGAGGGGCUGGGACAGGCGAAGAGCGUGUUGCUGGAUAUUGGGGUCUAUUUCCAGAUCCAGGAUGACUUCCUCGAUGUCUUCGGGGACCCAGCCGUCACUGGUAAGGUGGGCACCGAUAUCCAGGAUAGUAAGUGUACGUGGCUUGUCGUGCAGGCGCGGGGGUUGAGUGAUGUGCACCAGCAACAGGCGCUGAGGGAGUCAUAUGGGCAGAAGGGGAUGGAUCAUGAACGAAGAGUCAAGGGCAUAUUCAGUGAGCUGGGGAUAGAUGCGCUGUACACGGACUUUGAGAAAAGGAGGCUGGGGGAGCUACAAGCUCAGAUCGAUGCCCUCGACGAAAGCCGUGGUGGAGUGAAAAAGGCAGUCCUCAACAUGAUCCUGGACAGCAUUCAACAGCGUGAUAAAUAACUUUCUACAUUCUGCCAAGACUCAGUACUACAG